AUGUCUGCAUUCUCCCCCGUAGAGCUUCUUCCCAAUGAGCUCUGGGACGAGAUCAUUGGAUAUCUCUUCACCGAGCCACCAUCGUCAAAACGACUACAUCAUGCACCAAGUUUACAACUGACCGAGUCUCCGACAAAAGACCUCAAGCAUCUCGCACAAUGCUCGUCAGGCUUCCUCCAGCUCGUACGACCCCAGCUAUUCACUCAUGUCCGGCUGAACCUGCAUGAUGAGCCCGACUUUCACUCCUUCAUGACUAAAUCAGGUCUCGCGCGACAUAUUACUUCUAUAAUCAUAGCAGUUGGAGAAGACAGCCCAGAUCACCGAGCCGACCCCUUCUGGUGGCGUCGAGUCCUCUGCUAUCUGGACCCUGCUCAUAUCAUGGUAUUAGCGCCACCAACCUUCAUCGGGGAAACCAUAGGCAGCCCGAUCAUGGAUGGCCAUAGUUGGGCAUUCGAUAUACCCCUGCAGAUCCUGUAUAUGGAACGGGAGUGCAGAUUUGACGGCUCGUCCAAGUUACCAGACUUGGCUUCGUGCACUAGUCUUUUACGAGCUCGUCCAUGGACGUCAGUGACCUUCAAUGAGUCAUCGUCUCUAAAAGCAUACAACCACUACGAGUACUUCCUUUCUUGUGUUCCCUCCAUUCUCAGGGAAUGGGGCAUGAUGCGUGGUGAAGGCCGCAAUAUGCCACUUCAACGACCAAGGGACUUACCCCUGCUAUUACACGGUCUGAGCACCUUCUCUUACACCGCCGUCUUCCCGUUCUACAAUCAUGUGCAAAUCGUACUCGAUGCUGUCUUGAGAAUGGGAUCUCUUCGGCGUCUUGAUGUACAGUUGGCACCUGAUAGGAAUAAUCAUGUCACUGAGAUUGAACAAAGAGGCUCUAUGGAUGCUAAUGAUCCGUGGAUGGAGCUUGCGACUUCAUACUCUUUGAUUGGGUUUACAGUCAGUCAAAUGGAUAGCUUGAAGGAGUUCAGAUCUGGUGACCUACAUGUGGAGGCUGUUCGAGAUGAUCUACUUGCAAAUUUGAACGAUGUCAUUGGUGAUGCGGCCUGGGUGCACGAUGGCCGUGGAAUUUGGAAGCGCAAUUAG